CAAGGUUGAGGCCAGCUGAGUCCAAGAACUGAUCGUGAAUACUAGUAGUACCGUGGCUUUGUCCACCACUUGUAGUAUUGCACUUGUUUCAGUUUUUCUUCUCCUCACAAUUACGAGAAUUCUCAGUCUUCGUCUUUGUUCCAAAUUGUGUACCAUUGUUUCGCUCUGCCAACAUCGUGGGUUUGAUCGAGUUGUAUCAGGAGCAAGCUCAUAAAAAGGUUGCAAAAUGUCACUCUUUGGUGGUACCGCAACGCAACCCUCAACAAAUAUCUUCGGUACUGCGAACGCCCAACAACAGCCUGGGCAGACAACGAGUACCACAAAUACCCAGCAGCAGCCGGGGCAGACAAUUGGUGCCCAAACCACAGGCAUCUUCGGUAACACGAACUCCCAACAGCAGCCUGGACAGGCAACGGGCGGCAGCAUCUUCGGUAAUACCGCCACACAACCAUCUACAUCCGGUACAACUCUCUUCGGAACGCCUAGUACGGCGACGAGCACUACUGCAGGUGCGGUUAGCGGGAGCUUGUUUGGAAAUACUACGAUGCCACAACAGCCUGCAGGUACUGGCUCGUCUGAGAAUACCAGCGCUCAGCCACAACAGCAACCUGCAGCUGGUUCAUCUGGGAAUACUCAGCAACCUGCAGCCAGCGGUUUAUUUGGUAAUACCACAGCCAAUACAACCCAGCAGCCUGCUACAGGUGGUCUGUUUGGGAGUACGAACUCGAACACGCAGACGCAGACACAACCUGCAGGAACAAGUUUGUUCGGGAACACAUUGACUCAACCUACUGGGAACUUGUUUGGAGCUGCGGGUAGUCAGCAGCAGCAGCCACAACAACCACAGCAAGGUGGGAGUCUCUUCGGAGGCACCACGACCCAGCAGCAGCAACCACAGAGCAGUGGUCUCUUUGGAGGUGCUCCGACCCAACAGCCUGCUACCGGUGCUGGCGGGCUGUUUGGAACGUCGACUACUCAGCCGAGCACAGGUGGAAACUUAUUUGGUGGUACCAGCUCCCAAGCGCCAACAUCGGGAGGGCUAUUUGGUAGCACAACAGCCCAAGCUCCAGCUACUGGAGGAGGCCUCUUUGGCAGUACCACAACGAACUCCAACCCGUUGUUUGGAAAUAAAAAUCCAGCGAGCAUCUUUGGUACUGCUCCGGCCCCCUCCUCGACCACUCCAACUCUAUUUGGUCAAUCCCAAUCCAUGCAACCUAUUGCUACCCCCUCGCUAUUCGGCCAAUCCCAACAGAAACUGGCUGGAUCCCUGUUUGGCUCAGUGAAUCAGCCUGCGCCCAGUACAACUACUGGAGGGCUUUUCGGGAGCACGCUAGGUCUUCCACUAUCCAAUUCACUUCUCGCAUCGCGAAGUGCUGCACCUGCACAACAACAGGAUCAUCAGUCACAAUAUGCAGCGCUCGAGCAGAAAAUACAAGCAAUUGUACAGGCUUGGGAUCCUUCUUCGCCAGCAUGUCGCUUUCAGCAUUAUUUCUAUAAUCUCGUUCCACCGACCCAAGUGAGCGCUUUCGGCAGGCCUGCGAAUGCUACAAAUGAGGCGCUUUGGCAACGCGCGGUGCACGAUAAUCCCGAUCCUAGUUGUAUGGUACCUGUUCUGGCAGUUGGCUUUGACGAUUUGCGUCAGCGCGUAGACGGACAAAUGAAGCAAGCCACGGAACAGCAAAAAGCUUUGAUGGAGCUCAAAAAACGACUGGAAUCGUUGUCCGCUAGACAUAACGAUAGUAAUGCAUCACGAUUACAGCGCGCAAAGUCAAUCCAAUCACAAACCCAACACCGCCUGCUGUGCCUGAUCCAGCACAUGCAUCUGAUGCUACCUACUGUCCGGUCUACAGCGAUACGCCCCGAAGAAGAAGCGCUGCGUCUAGUGCUAGAAGAGAUUGAAGAAGAAAUAAGAAGACCGGGUGGGAUGAGUAAGAUGCGAGGAAAGCUGAAUGAGCUGUGGGCGCUCGUAGGGGCUAUCAACGCUGCCCGCGAGAGAGGCAGAAGAGUGGGGCUCGAUGGUACCUCUGAAUGGACAGUCGUCGAUGAGGAGGGCCUAAAGCAAAUCGCUCAGAUCUUGUCCAAUCAGCAAGCUGGUCUACAGCACUUGACGAAGGUGUUGCAACAUGAUCUGAAGGAUCUGGAAGUGAUAUAUGGAAGAGAGAGCUAAACAGACUCGCUCGAGCACGCUGCUUUGUUAUUGUGAAUGAUGAACUUGUCAUUAUUUUUGUAAUUCAAUAGAUUGUAGGUAGACAACAAUCGAUCAUGAGCGUGCGAGUCGGCCACACCUGGGUCUGUUUUGUACAUAAG